AGCUAUUUUCAGCUUACUGAACUGACUUGUACAGGUUUGGUCCGCUCAAACCCAUAGCUGACCAUUUUCAGUCGCACUCCACGUGCGCGCAGUGAGCAUGUGGAGUUUGCGGACAUUCCGUUUUGUUGUGUUGUGCCAAUGCGCACUUUUGCCUUUCGGCUCUCGAUUGGAGGAUGUGGAUGAGCUGGAAGCACAGGAGAUCUUGGUACUUCAGCAGUCUCUACUGCAGUCCUCCUUGCUCAGGAGCAGGCUCUCCAUAUCCCCGGACGACAAAGAGAAAAGAUUUGCUCUGGACGAAGUUCGAAAAGCUUGGUACAUUCACGAGAUCAAGGAACGACUAGACUUGGGCGAUGUGAAAGAGGACUUGCUCAGUCAGCUUAGCUCGCUGCAGAAGCAAUGCCCCGAUGCCGAGGAGAUUAAAGCUCAAAUGGCAGAUAUCUGGGAAGAGGUGGGUCGAUGGGUGAAGGCCGAGGACCUGCGCCUCGCCAUGGAGCGAGAAGCCCAGAGCAUCGAGAGCCUCAAGGCCCGAAUGAACUUAGAUGUGGAAGGUACCAAGAACAAAAUUAAAGAGUUACAGAUGCAGUGUGAGAAUGUAAGCAAAGCCUUCACCAAGGACCAAGAAAGCAGGCUGUUCGAAAUCGUGAACGUGGCAGCACGCUUGCAAGAGCUCAAAAAGCUCAUCUCCAAUGCGGUCCAUUCCGAUGACGUCCGCGUGUGGCAGGAGCAGUAUGAUCCGCUCCAGAAAGCGUACAAGGAACUCACCAAAGACUUGAAUGAUAGUCAGCUGCAGCAGGCCUUCCAAUUUGUGACUCUCAAGCAGGAUAUUGAGACAAAUGAGGAGCAGAUCUCCAAGGAGCACAUCGAGGGUGAAUUGAAGAAAUGGACUGAAGUCCCACAGUACAGAUACAAUGCACUGCAAAGGCAGUUGGCCAAACUCAAGCAGGAUCUGGAUGUCAACAGCAUUGAAAGUCAGAUCAUGGCAAUCUGGUACAAGUCCUUGCAUGACUUGCCGGACAUGGCUGACUUGCGAAAUGCUUCGAGCCCAUGAGGCGCCACUCGGCAGGUUCUUGCGUGGGAUGCGCAUCCAUUUUGGAUGAUCCAGAACGGCCAGGCAGAGCAUGGCAGACCGGUUGGUGGAGAUCAGAGUGAGUUCCCAGGCAUUUCUUUUGCGUGUCUCACGGGCUGGACCGUUCGUUCAGCGGACCUUCAAAAGGGCCCACCCGCGCUCGGAGCGACCGAGCGGGGUCUUGGCACCGGUGGGGCGGUCGGAAGAGGAGUCUGAG